AUGUGGGCUGGACCUCUUGGAAGACCUGGAGAGGCCGGAAAUGGACCCCCCACCCAGUUACAAUUCCAAGCACUUCAAGCAAUGUCAGCAGUUCUGUGCUGCGGUCCCUGCUUUGAUCCUAAUGCUUUAGCUGAAGAAGGUUCACUAUACCCCUGGAUUGAUCAUUUACUAGCUUCAGAGGAUCCUAAGGUUUAUAAACUAGCUUGCGAAAUGGUGGUUCUUCUUCUUGAAUGUAAUUCUGACAUUGGUUCAUUGCUUGACUGGGUGGUUGAUCGAUGUUACACUGCUAAACCCCAAGUUGCCGAUGGGUGCUUCUUAGCUCUCGCAACCAUCUUCAGUGCAAGCAGCUAA